AUGCUACACUUACAACCACAGAACCUUCUCAUUCAAAAGACGCUUAAUGAGUCGAUUGAGGCUCUCCACCAGGACUCGCCGUUGACCAUGGACAGAAUCGUGUCCGACUUCGACUAUACCACCUACCACAUUUCGAAUUCUGCCGAGGACAAGUCCAUUCUGCUCUUGAGUAUCAAGACCAAGGCCUGGGUCAGUGUCUCUGAGUGUCAAUUAGACGGCUCUUUGACCUUGUUGAAGUUCUUGGCCGAUCACUACUCCCCCUUGGGUGGGCUGACUAUUCCCGCUCAAGUGGAGUCCGGCUACGACUAUACUCUUCAACUUUCAUUGAACGAGCUGACUCAGGACUCCAUCUUGCAAUUGUCUGUUCUGAAGACCGUCAUAUUGAGUUAUCCUUUUGAAUUGGCCAUUGCAAAGUUCACUGAAUUGAGCCAGCAGCAACCAACGCCCAUCGAGGCAGAGAUUACUGGCGGUGAGGUCGCUGCCAAUGGAGACAAUACUUUGUUCACAAUCAAGUAUCGUGACGAGGAGAAUAUCUUCAUCAAGCCUUCUAACGACAGAAUCACUAUUAUUUUCGAAACUAUCUUCCAAGAUGAAACGGAUAAAAUCUUUGGGAAGGUCUUUUUGCAAGAAUUCGUAGAUGCACGUAAGAGAAACCGCCAGAUCCAGUCCGCUCCACAAGUUCUAUAUUCGCACGAGCCUCCAUUGGAGUUGAAGAAAUCCUACCAGCCACCCAAAGUCGCGGAACAAAGCAGAAGAUUCAUCACGUUUGUUCUGUUCCCACGUCAUUUCCAAACAAAAGAGUUGCAAUUCCAUUCGAUUUGUCAGUUAACACUAUUCAGAAACUACUUCCACUACCACAUCAAAUGUUCCAAGGCUUACAUGCACUCCAGAAUGAGAUUUAGAGUGGACUCGUUCAUCAAAGUCUUAAAUAGAGCCAAAGUGGACGAAGAUGAUGAAAACGAUGAAUCAAGUGCGGAUGCCAGACAACAGGCAAGAAGAACUUUUACUGGUAGAAAGAUUGUUUACUAA